CUCAAUAUAAGAAGCAUACAUAUGAUAGCAAUGCAUGCUCCAAAAACAAGAGAUCACCAUAUAGCUUAGCUCUUGCUCUUCUUGUGGUGGGCAUGCCCAUUUUUCAAAUCAAUCUUGCCCACAUUUCUUUGUUAUUCUUUCUCUUUUACCUUGCUCUUAUAAUCAAGCAAGUGGAAGAAAGAACAUAGAAUUGCUAUCUUAGAAUGUGCUUUUAAAGAAUCAUUUUUCUUCAUCUCCUACUCCAUAUAUACUUCCAAUUCAUGCCUUCUUUACAAAUUUCACACUACUCAUUUGUACUCUCUUCUUCACCUUAUUAACAAAAUCGACUCAAAAAAUGGUUAAGUUCUCUAAAGAGUACGAGUCACAACUCGUGCCCGAGUGGAGAGAAGCAUUUUUAGAUUACUGCCAAUUGAAAUAUGAGCUUAACAAAAUUAAGCUCUUAAACUCUAACAAUAAUUCUUCAAAGAAACAAAACAAUAGAAUUUUUGGGUGUUCUUUUAUUUCUUCCCUAGAGAAAAUCUCUUUAAUUGGCCGGAAACGUACUGAUCAUGCCGUUAUUCAUGUGCAUAAGAAGCUAGCAUCUUCAUUAAGCAAGGGAGACGUGUAUGAGACACAACUUUUAGAGCAAUUGGCAGAUAUUGAAGCUGCAAGUGAAUUCUUUGCUUGUUUGGAUCACCAACUUAAUAAAGUGAACCAGUUUUAUAGGAUUAAAGAAAAAGAAUUUAUUGAAAAAGGAAAUUCAGCAAUAAAGCAGCUUAAUUAUUGGAUUGAAGCUAGAAAUCUUCUUAACAAAAAUAAAGAACAUGCAUCUCAGCAUUCUAUUGAUGAAGAUUCCUCUAUUUCAACUUAUUUCUCAUCUGAGUUAGAGUUAUGUGAAAAGCCCAAGAAAAGUGAAAGUGAAGAAGAAGAUCAGACUAAAGAAUCUCCAAAAUCUAAAACUAGGGUUUUUAACUGCCAUGGUAAAAACAUAGCCAUGAAUAUUCCAUUAACAACUCCAACUCAAGCUAUAUCAGCAAUAAGUUCCUUGAUUUGGGAAGAUAUAAUUGGAAAUAAUUCUUCAAGAGGAUUUCAUACUAAAAAAGGAAACCUUCAUCAUGCAAGAAAAAUGAUUAAAGGUGCUUUUGUAGAGUUGUAUAAGGGUUUAAAUUACCUUAAAACGUACAGGAACUUAAACAUGCUUGCCUUUGUUAAAAUUUUGAAAAAGUUUGACAAAGUCACCAAUAAAGAAGUGCUACCGAUUUAUUUGAGAGUAGUGGAAAGCUCUUAUUUUAACACCUCUGACUUGGUGAUGCGAUUAUCAGAUGAAGUUGAAGAGCUAUUCGUGAAGCAUUUUGCUGAGGAUAAUAAGAGGAUGGGCAUGAAAUACCUUAAACCAAAUCAUCACAAAGAGUCUCAUGUAAUAACCUUUUUUAUAGGUCUUUUUGCAGGGUGUUUUAUAGCACUAGUAGCUGGUUAUGCAAUCAUGGCUCACUUACUAAAAAUAUACACCAAAGCAUCUUCUGAUUCAGUUUACAUGGAAACUGUAUAUCCUGUCCUAAGUAUGUUCAGCUUGUUCUUCCUGCACAUCUUCUUGUAUGGAUGCAAUAUCUUCACCUGGAAAAAAUGGCACAUAAAUUACAGCUUCAUCUUGGAGUUAACACCAACAAAAGAGCUUAAAUACAGAGAAGUAUUUUUGAUAUGUGCAGCCUCAAUGACUACUAUUAUUGGGGUUUUGUUCAUUCAUUUAUCCCUUCUUGCCAAAGGCUAUUCUUCCACUCUUGCUCACACUAUUCCGGGCUUCCUUUUAUUGUUCUUCCUUCUGGUGCUGUUCUGUCCCUUCAAUAUUUUGUACCGAUCAAGUCGAUACCGAUUCCUUCAAGUCAUAAGGAAUAUUAUUUUUUCACCUUUUUAUAAGGUUGUUAUGCUAGACUUUUUCAUUGCUGACCAACUUUGUAGCCAGGUGCCUUUGCUCAGAAAUCUAGAGUAUUUAGCUUGUUACUACAUAACCGGAAGUUACAGAACGCAGGAUUAUGGCUAUUGUGAUAGGACUACAUACUAUAGAGACCUUGCAUAUGCUGUUUCCUUUUUACCAUACUACUGGAGAGCGAUGCAGUGUGCAAGGAGAUGGAUUGAUGAAGGGGAGAUCACCCACUUAGUAAAUUUGGGUAAAUAUGUAUCAGCCAUGCUAGCAGCAGGAGCAAAACUGGCAUAUGAAAAAGAGAAGACAACAGGAUAUUUAUUCCUUGUAGUAGCCUUGUCAAGUGGUGCUACUGUGUACCAAUUAUAUUGGGACUAUGUUAUGGAUUGGGGAUUACUACAAGUUCAUUCCAAAAAUCCUUGGUUAAGGAAUGAAUUAAUGCUACGCAACAAGUUCAUUUACUAUUUUUCCAUGGUAAUGAACCUGAUCUUAAGGCUGGCUUGGCUACAGACAGUGCUACACCCCAAUUUCGGGAAUAUAGAUAGCAGAGUGAUAGGGCUAUUUUUAGCAGCUUUAGAAGUAAUCAGAAGAGGACAAUGGAACUUCUAUAGAUUAGAGAAUGAGCAUCUAAAUAAUGCAGGCAAGUUUCGUGCAGUGAAGCAAGUUCCACUUCCCUUCCAUGAAGUGGAUGAAGAUGUAUUAAAAUAAAUGGAAUACAAUCCUAAAUUUAUGGAAUAUAAUCCUUUUGUGUCCCUUGAUCAUCAAGUAUAUUCCUAGGACCAAAUUAUUCAUACCUGUGCAUGAGAACGAUUCGUCGAAUCAAUUGAGUUCAUGUGGUUGCCAUGUACAAGUACCAUUGUCCAUUAGAUUCUUUUUCAGGUGGCUUUGACAAACAUUCUUAUUCUGAAAAUGAGAUCCAAUACUUUUUCAGUUUAAAGAUAUUAGAUGCAAAAACUGAUCCAAAAUGAUAUAUUCUUGGUUUCAUAUUGCAACAACUUACACUGUAAUUUGCAUCAAAAUCUUCAUGUUUAUGUUCAGAGUUGUACGAAAUAGAUCCAACCUGAAACCAACUGAACACCCGAAUGUACACCUCCAACCAAAAGUGUUCAGAUUUUAGUAGUGACGGGACAAAUCUACAUAUGUAUGUUUAUUAUUCCAUUUUAAUGGUAAAACACCAAUGGAUGCUGACUGGUACCAAGAACAGGUUUUCAAGGACUUUACAGCUAAGCUAAGUCUAUCUCAGUUCUCAAAACAUGUAUGGAAAUA